AUGGGGGAACUAAAGGACAUUGUAGGCCCCCACGAAGCUAAGUUCACAUUAAGCCUACUCUUGAUUAAUCUACAAUCUAUUCGUAACAAACUCCAUGAAUUUGAGACUAUUUUAGCUCAAUCAAAGACAGAUAUAAUUUGUGUCAAUGAACACUGGCUUCUGGCUGAAGAGAUACCCCUCUACGUGCCUGAAGGUUUUGUUCUUGCGAGCUACUACUGCAGGCAAUCUGCUUUUGGCGGUUCAUCCAUCUAUGUGAAGAGCGACACAACUUAUGAGGUCUUGGACAUGAGGGAAUACGGCUGUGACGCUUUUUGCGAGGCUUCAGCUAUUAGACUACAUAAACUAAACAUCUCUAAUGUCUCUACUUUUUCUGUGUUGUACGCUGAUGACACCACCCUGGUACAAUCUGAUAUAGAUUUGGUGGGUGUUCAGAACAAACUUGACAUAGCCUUGAUGGAGUCAAAAUCAUGGUUCUCUGCAAAUAUGUUGGCUGUGAAUGAAGUAAAGUCAGUGCUGGACACCUGGAAGCAGUACUUCUCCAAACUACUAAAUGCAGAUGGAGGAGUCAGUAAGGAGGAAGAGAAUGAAGACGUUUAUCAAAAUGUACAACCUGAAGUAUGUGAACCUUCUGAAUCUGAAGUACAUGAAGCCAUCAAACAACUCAGCAGUAAUAGAGCACCAGGAAAUGAUGGCAUCCCUGUAGAAAUUUUCAAAGUUGGAGGAAAGACACUUUUAAUUAAUUUUCAUAAAUUAAUUUUGGAAAUAUGGAGGAAAGAAUCCAUGCCAGAUGAGUGGAAUGAAGCUGUGAUUACUCCAAUACACAAAAAGGGAGACAAAACGGAGUGUAACAAUUACAGAGUCAACUCGGGAAAGUAUUCGGUAUACUACAGUGGAAGAGAUGAUGGUAUUCACCAAGCAGGAGUUGGUUUUGCUAUCAAGAAAAAUAUUCAAGAAGCUCUUGUAAAAUGUGAGGCUGUGAACGAAAGGCUGUGCCUAAUUAGACUAAGAUGUAGAUUUAAGAAUAUGACUGUGAUCAAUAUGUACGCUCCAACGGAGGAUAAACAAGAUGAAACCAAAGAUGAAUUUUAUGGUCAAAUAGAAGAAAUUAUAUCUGAUAUCCCCAGUUAUGACAUAAAGAUAUUACUUGGGGAUGCAAAUGCUAAAGUUGGAAAGGAAGAACUAUGGGGAGACUAUGCUGGUAUGGAAAGCUUACACAAUGUAUCCAAUGACAAUGGAAUUAGACUCCUUAGUCUAGCCUGUGCGACCAAUUUGUACAUCAGUAGCACCUCUUUUCAACACAAGAAUAUUCACAAAGAGACGUGGAUAUCUCCUGAUGGAAGAACAAAAAAUCAAAUAGACCACGUGCUUAUAGACAAGAGACAUAAAACACAUAUUACUGAUGUGAGAAGCCUUAGGGGUGCAGAGAGAGAAAAGAAGAAAUGCCUUUUAAGUAGCAACAGCAAUGAAACAACCAGAGAACAACUCAGAGAACUUAAUAAACAGAUAGUAAAAAAGUUUCGGGCCAAAAAGCGCCAAUAUGUCUCUGAUCAAUUAAAAAAGGCGGAAGAAGAUAGAACACACAACAACGCCAAGGAAUUUUUUAGGGCGGUGAGGUUUUUCCGGAAGGGAUUUUCCCCCAAAACCAAUAGCAUUAAAGAUGAAAAUGGGAACCUAACCUGCGAAGUAAAGUCAGUGCUGGACACCUGGAAGCAGUACUUCUCCAAACUACUAAAUGCAGAUGGAGGAGUCAGUAAGGAGGAAGAGAAUGAAGACGUUUAUCAAAAUGUACAACCUGAAGUAUGUGAACCUUCUGAAUCUGAAGUACAUGAAGCCAUCAAACAACUCAGCAGUAAUAGAGCACCAGGAAAUGAUGGCAUCCCUGUAGAAAUUUUCAAAGUUGGAGGAAAGACACUUUUAAUUAAUUUUCAUAAAUUAAUUUUGGAAAUAUGGAGGAAAGAAUCCAUGCCUGAUGAGUGGAAUGAAGCUGUGAUUACUCCAAUACACAAAAAGGGAGACAAAACGGAGUGUAACAAUUACAGAGGUAUAUCUCUUUUAAGCUCAGCUUAUAAAGUACUGUCAAAAGUAAUCCUAAAUAGGCUAAAAGUAUAUAUAGAAGAAAAUAUAGAAGACCACCAAGCUGGAUUUAUUCAAGGUCGCUCUACAACGGACCAGAUAUUUACUAUCAAACAAUCUCUUUCGAAAUAUUGGGAAUAUAAUAAAGAAGUCCACCUACUGUUCAUUGAUUUUCAAAAAGCAUAUGAUAGUGUCCUUAGGAAGAAAAUGUAUGAAAAAAUGAAAAUGUUUGGCAUACCUGACAAACUUAUUAACCUGACAAGAAUGUGUAUUCAAAAAUCACGCUGCAAAGUGAAAAUAAAUGGAGAAUAUACUUCAAGUUUUGAAGUAACAACAGGAGUGCGUCAAGGAGAUGGCCUUUCGCCCCUCCUUUUUAAUUUAGUGAUUGAAGAUGCCCUCAAAAAGACUAAACAGUUAGCAGCAGGAAUUAAUAUUGGAAUCAAAAUUAAUGUGCUAGCGUUUGCUGACGAUGUGGCACUUCUUGCAGAAAACAGAAAGGAUCUUGAGAGCUUAACAAAAGUCCUAAUAAAAGAAGCCAACCAUGUUGGGCUAACAAUAAACCAUCAAAAAACUAAAUAUAUGAAUGUGGCUAGAACCGAAGGAGUAGCCAGGAAAGAGAAUUUUAAAGUGGAUGAUUUGGAGUUUGAGCAUGUGGAUGAGUUUAAAUACCUCGGCAUAACAAUAACACAUGAUAACAAAGAGGAAAAAGAAAUCCAAAAUAGAGUAAUUGUAGCCUCAGCAACCUACUGGUCCCUAGUCAAUAUGCUUAAGUCAAAAACUCUGUCCAAAAAUACCAAAAUUAAAAUCUAUCACUCCAUCAUUCUUCCAGUACUACUAUAUGGAUCGGAAACAUGGGCACUAACAAAAGAAUGGGAAAAGAAACUUAUUAUUUUUGAAAACAAGAUUCUCAGAAAAAUAUACGGACCAAUUCAAGAUGAAGAAGGCUGGAGAAUUAGGAAGAAUAGAGAAUUGAGAGAUGUGUAUCACCAUCCAGAUGUAGUAGCAAGGAUAAAAAGCAGGAGACUGAGAUGGGCUGGACAUGUGUGGAGGAGAGAGAACUCAUCAUUGAUCAAAACUGUGGACCAGAACAAACCAGAAGGCAGAAGACCACUCGGCAGGCCGAGACUGCGAUGGAGGAGUCAGGUGCUGAAGGAUGUGGCUGUUUUGGGCACUACUCCUGAGGCAGCGGUGGAUAGAGAAGAGUGGAGAAGCAUCGUUGGCGAGGCCAAAAACCUUCUGAGGUUUCAAUGGCCAAGGAGGUAA